AUGUAUUUUAUUAUGUCAGCAAAAUAUAUAACAUUCUUCAUUUCAAUUUUUUCCUUUUUUUUACUUCUUACUUUUUUCUUUCUUUCUUCCUUUCUUUCUUUCUUUCUUACUUUCUUCUUUCUUAAGUCGUUUGCUCUUGUCUUUCCUUCCAUUACUUUCACUGUUUUCCUCUUCUUUCUUCCUUUUUUCCUCUUCUUCCUUCCCUUUUUCCUUUUCUUUCUUUCUUUUUUCCUCUUCUUCCUUCCCCUUUUCCUUUUCUUUCUUCCUUUUUUCCUCUUCUGUCUUCCUUUUUUCUUCUUUCUUCCUUUUUUCUUUUUCUUUCUUCCUUUUUUUCUCCUUUCCUCCUUUUUUUCUUCCUUUCUUCUUCUUUCUUCCUUUUCUUCUUUUUCUUUCUUCCUUUUUCUUCUUCUUUCUCCCCUUUUUCUUCUUUUUUCUUCUUUCUUCCCUUUUUCUUCUUCUUUCUUCAUUUUUAUCUUCUUUUUUGCCCUUUUCCUUUUCUUUCUUGUCUUUACCUUUCCUUUCUUUUUUCUUCCUUUUCUUCCCUUUGUCUUUUUCUUUCUUCCUUUCCGCCUUUCUUAG